UGAUGAAAAGCAAAGUCGAUUUAUUAUUAAGUUUGUGUUUGUGUUUGUGUUUAAGAGCACACUCCAAACCUUUUUGUUGCUUUCUGCUUAAUGGAAUGGAAGGCCCUUGAGUUGAGUUAAGACUCACUCUCUCUUUCUCUUUCUCUUUAGGUUUCACUCUCUCUCUCUUUCUCUCUGCCAACACAAACAAGAAUAAUCUCUCUUCUCUUCUCUUCUGCUACACACCAACCUUCCAUUUCCAUAGUUUGUAUAUUUGGUGUCUGAUGUCUCCGCCACUGCUGGUUACUGAAGAGGAACGGCAGAGCAACACCUCAACGGUAGCAUCUGCGUCUCCUCAAUCCUUGGACUGUUUCUCCCAAAAUGGGGCUGGAUUGAAAGAACGCAAUUACCUUGGAUUGUCGGAUUGCUCAUCGGUGGACAGUUCUACUGUACCGAGCUUGUCCGAUGAGAAAAAAGAGAAUCUAAAUUUGAAAGCUACGGAGUUGAGGCUAGGACUUCCUGGUUCCCAGUCGCCCGAAAGGGAUCCAGAUCUUUUUUUGUUGAGCUCAACAAAACUUGACGAGAAACCGUUGUUCCCUUUGCUUCCUACAAAAGAUGGUAUCUGCUCAUUGUCACAGAAGAAUGUGGUUUCGGGAAACAAAAGAGGUUUUUCCGACGCAAUGGAUGGGUUCCGUGAGGGUAAAUAUACCGGUAAUGCACGUGUAAACAUACUGCUUUCGCCUAGACCAUCUGGAGCUCAGCCAACUACAAUUAAAGAAAUACCAAACAAGGUGUUACAAGAAAGCCCUUGUGCAGCAAAUGGAACUGGACAUAACCAUACAGGAAAUCCAAUCAGUGGCAGUGCACCAGCUUCUAAAGCACAAGUUGUUGGCUGGCCUCCAAUUAGAUCAUUUAGGAAAAACUCAUUGGCCACCGCUUCAAAGAACAACGAUGAAGUGGAUGGAAAACCAGGUCCAACCGCGCUCUUUGUGAAGGUUAGCAUGGAUGGUGCUCCUUAUCUUAGGAAGGUAGAUCUAAGAAAUUAUACAACAUACCAGGAACUGUCUUCUGACCUUGAGAAGAUGUUCAGCUGUUUUACCCUAGGUCAAUGUGGUUCGCAUGGAGCUCCAGGAAGAGAAAUGCUGAGUGAGAGCAAGUUGAAGGACUUCCUGCAUGGUUCUGAAUAUGUGGUAACUUAUGAAGAUAAAGAUGGUGACUGGAUGCUUGUUGGAGAUGUACCGUGGGACAUGUUCAUUGAUACAUGCAAAAGGCUGAAAAUCAUGAAGGGUUCUGAUGCAAUUGGCUUAGCUCCAAGAGCCAUGGAGAAAUCCAAGAGCAGGUGCUAGAUAGAUAACCAUUGCAUAAAGGACUGAAUCCUUGGGGUUUUAUGGUUAAAUAUGCUUUCAGAUGUUAUUAUUUUUUUUUUAAGUCCCUAGUAGUGUUUUGAUUUUUGUGUUACAUUUGUUAUUUGCUAUUACUUUAAUAUACUUCAUGAAGCUAGCUUCAGUAUUAGAAGUUUGGGAAUUAUGUAAUCUUUAUAGGAACCUUAUGUUUUGGAUGAAUGCCUGUUGCAAUUAGUAUAUUUUGUGUGAUUUGUUACUACUUUA